AUGCCACCAGACCGGGGUCGUGCCUCGAGAGCGUGUGCCUCGUGCAGGAAACAGAAGACACGCUGCUACGAGCCAGGUACCCCCGGCAAAGCCUGUUUGCGGUGUGAAAGACUGCGGCAAAACUGUUCAUUGAUACAACAGGCUGACAGCUCGGAGGAGGAGCGCCAACGUCAGCAGUUGCAGCAGUCACCACAGGAGCAGAGACCUGUUUCUACGCUAGGCACUGAUGCUCGGUAUGUAUUGCUCGUCGAUCUUGGUCGAGGCCCACAGGAUGGAACUUGCCUGGAGCGCCUCGAGAGAACAGUGGCCACUUUGCUUGAUCGACUUGGGGAGGGCCCGUCGAGUGCCGAGCAUGAACUUAGCAGGCCUGGCACUGGCACCGGGUUGACAACUCCGGACCCUGGCGAUCAAAGCUACCAGGAUGCGGAGAGUUCCGCGGCGCCAAUUAUGGUCAUUCGUGAUCUGGCCAAUGAUACCAGAGUCGAGCCAUCCCCGGAAACGAAAUCCUUGGGGACGGUGCUGGACAAUCUCAUUGCACCAGAUCUCGCGUUGACUCUUCUCUCAAUAUUUCUCGAAUAUUAUGGGCGUUGGAUCAUUUUUGAUCCCGAGAGCGAUCCAGUCGUGUUACUACCUCGUGUGCGGAGAUCCCCGAUUCUAUUUUGUGCGUGCUGCUUGAUUGCGAUACGACACACCUCAGAGGAGCUGGCGGCGAUUUUGGCCCCUAAAUUGUAUGAAUGUGCUCGCUCUCUCGUGUCAAGUAUGCUCUUGACUACUCCGCAAUCCGUCGAUUUUUUCCAAGCAGCUCUCAUCUUAUGCAUGUGGUCAACCACUGUGGGGCAGGUACCUUUGAGCAUCGACAGUUGGCUCCUUAGUGGAUUUGCACUGCAGCACUCGCAGUCCAGCCCGAUAUUUGCCACGAUAACGAGCCGGUCUCAUCGAUACACGAGUUUCGAUGAAACAACGCUAGAUCAUAUUUGUUUAUGGAAUCACCUGUGCCUUACGCACUUACAUUACUGUGUUGGUACCAGCCGAAAGUCUACCUUGCAAUCUUGGCAGAUUGAACGCUGCGAGUCCAUCAUCGGCUCUGACCACGCUAUCAACUUUGAAGUGCGAAUGGUCGCCGAGAUCCAACUAUAUUGGACAGUCAAUGGAUUUCUAAUUGCAGACUCUGUUGAUCUUCACAAGUCCACAACAGCUUUGAAGACAUGGAAGAGAAAAUGGAGAAGAAUUCUAGAGCAACCACGCUCUCAGUUUCUCAUGAUGGGAUUUCAUUUUUCCAACCUUCUCCUCUAUGAACAAAGUCUGAAAGCACGAGUUGUUGAGAAAACUCGGGAAUACAUUGUUUCAGAAAUGAUUAGCCACUCCACUGCAAUAGUUCACCUGGCGAUGGACACUGUAGACGAGCGAACCCGUCACUUGAGUGAUCACAUCUACCACAUGAUCACGUUCGCCGCGAUUGUCAUCUGUCGCCUAUUGAAGAGCUAUGAAAGCCAGCUCAGCUUGACGCACAAUACUGCAGAGCUUGAUUCCCUCAUUCAACGUCUUGUCCAAUGGCUUCACUCCAUUGGAUUGCCAUGCCAUGCCGCACAUACACUAGGGAAUAUUAUCGCCAAGGUACAUCAGAGGCUACGACCUCGUGUGGAAGCAGUGCCGGUCACUGUGCCUAUGGAUGACUUUCCCCCUGAAGAAAAUUUUACGAACUACUAUUUCCCUGAAUUUUUAGGUCUGGGAACAACUGCGGAUGGGAAUUGGGAUCUGUUAUCGGAUCUGAGCUUUCUGCCACAGGGCUCGUCCGGCUCAUGA